AUACUCCCGAGCUGACCACGCCCUCAAGUACCAAAAAAUGGAUCUGCUGCUGAACUAAAUAUAUGGUUUCUUCCCGUUUUGGGUUUAAAUAACAAUGACAGCUGAUUUAAAGUAAGGAGAGCGAUGUACUAUUGUUAAAACAUUCUUCGUUUAGAAGCAAACAGGACAGUUAGAGAGCAGAUGAUGUCAACUGUCGCCACCGUGCUCCGCAUGUGACCCCGCGGGCGGGGAGGAGCGCUGGGUCCCGUGUACUGCACCGUGGGACAGCCCCAUCCAGACCGUGUAGCCGGGCGGCAGCAGUGAACGACCACACUGAGGAAGACAAAAAAAAAAAAAAAAAAAAAAAAGAAAAAGUCAGCCGUAACCUGAAUGAAGGUUCCUGUUCUUAGCUCCGCUUCGUAGGAACAACAUCUCUCCUGAAAGUACGUGGCUUUAACACUGAAUAUGCUGAGCUAGUUUUGUGAGGACUUCCAAGGACAGUGUCAGUGAAACAGGAAAAGGAUGAUGAGCCCCAAGAGGAAGGCAGAGAAUCUCCUGAGGGCAGUAAACCAGCCGUGCAUCAUGAAGUGCCGAGGUUCCCACGCGGAUUCAGAAAGAGACUCUGGAUUUUCAGAUGCCAGUUCAGAGCACCUGAGCACAAUGGAAACCACAGACUCAGAGGAUUCGCCCCAGCGGGAGGCGAAGGGUGCUGGUUCCGCCCCGAAGCCCUCUCAGCUGGCGGUGGUUGGGGGCUCCUACUCCGGAGUCUCUCCUAUGAUCAUAAUGAACAACGUUGUGCUCAAGCAGCCUGUAGAGAACCCUCCUGCUCUGAAGCCCUGGGGGUUCAGUCCCACUGUGGAGGUGGUGCAGCCUGUGGUCCCACAGCCUCAGGUGGUCUUUCUGCAGCCCGUUGUCUCCCGUCAAGCAUCACGAGCCUCCAAAGAGGCCACCUCCAAGCACAGACGCUCUAAAAAGUAUCUUCCAAUCUUAAAGUCAUACCCCAAGAUUGCCCCACAUCCUGGGGACAGUGUUGGUUCCUCGGGGAGAGGAACUGCUUUUUCUUCUUCUUUCUCCUCUUCAUCAGGGUCAGAGAAAUCUAGCUCUUUGACCUCCAGCGUUUGGGAACAAUGUCAAAGAGAGAAGGUGCAGCGAUCUCUGUGUAGUAGCACAAGUGACUCUGGAGCUGCUUCUCCUAGUCUUCCUGGUACCCCCAGAACCAUGUCACCUCUGCUCCAGAGCAGACUUUCACUCCCUGCAGCAGAAACCAGCACCAGUGUCAAUCUCGCCAAGGAGAGGCCUUCAACCGCAGUCAGCCAGGCGGGGUUACCCUCCCCCCUCUCUUUCAGUCACUCCAAAAACCAGACUCUGGCCUUGGACAGUAUCUCUUCUCUAGAAUACAACACGAGUGACGGCAAUUGUGACACAAAGAGGAAGCGCUUUUGCAACACCUACAACAUUCUGAGCAAUUCCGGCCUGCUGGACAUCACGCUCCGCACCAAGGAGCUUCUCAGGCAGAACCAAAGCACUCAGAAUGACCUGGACCGACUUAAAAAACAGACAGACCUGUUCCUUCAGGCCCUUCAGAGCAGAGACGCCUGCGUUUGCAUGAAGCUGCUCACCAGUCUUCAGGAGGAGGACAGGGAGAGAGCUGUUCAGAACUGCCUGAAAGUAGAUCAGACCUAGACUGGGGCUCGGCAGUAAUCCAUUAGACUCAGAGGAAGACCAUGAUGGGGGUGGGUGUGUUCAGAGGCAGAUGGACGGAAAGUAAUGCGCUCUACAUUACUGAGCCCUCCCCCAGACUCUCAGACAGACAGCUCACUGUGGCCUGCAUUUUAGCAGUCAUUUGCCUUUGGUCCCUUCCUAACACACCGAACUAACCUAAAAAUCAUCAAAGUACUUCUUUUUCCUUUAUUUUUCAUACCAUCACCAGACAGACAUAUUUGCAUUACAAUCACACACCCACUGCAGCCUGAAUGCAGCAGUCAUAUAUUGUGGUCCAUAAUUAACAUAGCAUAAAAAGGAUGGUUAUAUAAUUUGACUUGCCAGCUAAACUGUUGUAAAUUACACACAUUUAUUCCAUUUUAAUGUACUUCGUUGCAGAGGUUUUAAUGACUAAAUAUUUUGUUUUUGCUUUAAUCGACAUGAUAACUGUGCUCCACACUAAAUGUCAUUUGAUGUCUGUAUGAGGCACAGUCCGCAUUAUAAAUUGUUUUUUUUUUUAAAUAAAUAUAAAGUGGAUGGAUUUGUUGCUAUUUCAGUCAGAAAAACAGUGAGCUAAGUAGAGCUUUGCUGUGCUUUGAAGAUGUUUGAGGUCAUCAUCACUUCUCCCAUUGUCUUUUACUGUAGUGCUCCAGACAGCAGACAAGCCUUACAUCUAAUCUUUUAAAGUUUUAUGGUCUGCUGAUAGAUAUCCUCCAAACUUUGUGAGUUAAAGGCUUUCAGAUUGACUUUUCUCACACAAAGACUCUCCAAUUGAAACAGUUUUUCUUUUUCUUUUUAAUGCAAUAUACAAAUAACAGUCCCGAGGUGCGCCCUGAUUUUUGAGUGCUGCUCCAAAACCCUGCAGGAGGUCACAGCUUAGAGUUCAACUUUUAUUUUUUUUUUUUAGAUUUUCCCUUAACUCCAAAUAAAACUUCUGAUUUGUCAUGCUUGCUCUUUAAAGCCUUAAAACGUCCAAAAUUAGAAGAAAAGUAAAGAUACUCCUGUAGCUGUUACAAACAUGUAGAACAAGACCUGGAAAAGGGGGAAGAAAAGAAAGUGUACUUUUCCUCAUGGAAAAAAUGGUUUCACAGGUUCGUCUGAGCCUAAAUAAUUGUUUUGAAAUCUUUCGCCUCAAAGAACAGCUGUAGAAUGUUUUUGAGAUUGACGUCAAUAAUCUACCUAAAAUGUCAUAACAGUCCUGCAUCGGAAAUUAUUUUGUCCUGUUGGAUACACGUGCACUGGCAAUUGACCAAAUAAUACAUAAGUAUAUAAAAGAUCGGUGUAGCUAUGGUUGUAUAUUGCCCAGUAACAGAAAUGAUCUACAAUAUGCAGAACUUCAUUUGCCAGCUGCCACCACAUCCUACCUCCCAGUGCUGUUUACUGUGAGGAAGUCACGUUAGGUAACCAGAAUAAACCAUUUCAACUUCCAAAAUGUUUUCAUGUACGAUGGAAGGCUUUUAAUGUAGUCUGAAAAUUGGCAGCUUUAAAUUCUGUGAUUUGUGGUAUAAUUUAGUAUUUUUUAAAUUUUUAGAAGAAUUGAAUUUGUCCUAUCAAAAUGUGGACAAACAAUAAUAGUGUAGAUAUUGUGAGCUCACAUAAUUUCUAAAAGGUGUAAAAAAAGAAAAGGCAAAGGAACUAUGUUGAAUUAAUUUAAUAGUCAUCUUGGCUUCCAGGUAAUGUUUUUUUUUAAUGUAAAAUCCUUGGUUGUUGACCCAUAAAUAACUGACCAAAUCAUGAUGUAAAUGGGUUAUAUUGUGAACUCACUUCAACAAAUCUCAGUUAUGGGUUGAUUCAAAAUCCCGUUGGGUUGUUUUCUAUGUUUAGGUUUAGGAUGUAAUUGUGGAAUAAAUAUAAUUUUAAAAUGUU